CGGUAGUCUCCUGUUGGAUCUGUGGUGAAGCGUUGGGUAGCGAUCGUGUACGUGACCACUGUCACAUCACCGGUGCUUACCGUGGUGCAGCACACAACCAUUGUAACCUGAACAUGCGGAUUGAGCCGUUCAAGAUCAAGAUUCCUGUGAUCUUUCAUAACUUGAAGGGAUACGAUUCUCAUCACAUCAUAUCUGCCAUUGGGAGAACAUCCACUGAUGAGAUUACGUAUGUGAACGAGAAAGGACAAGAACGGACCAAGCGUCUCGGUGCUAUCAAAGUGGUUCCCAUCAACAGUGAAAAAUAUGUCACAUUCGGAUGGAGACAGUUCCAGUUCAUCGACAGCCUGGCAUUCUUGAACACCUCCCUAGACCGGUUGGUUUCGGCUACACCACCAGAUGCAUUCGCCCUUCUAUCCGCACGAUUUCCAGACGAGGAUGAACGCAAACUGUUGACACGAAAGGGUGUCUACCCGUAUGAAUAUAUGGGGUCGUACGACCAAUUCGAAGAAACGCGUCUACCACCCAAGGAUGCAUUCCACUCAACGCUAACGAACAUGGGUAUCAGUGAUGAAGACUAUGCCUAUGCGCAAACAGUAUGGACUGCGUUUGACUGUGAAGAUCUAGGAGACUAUCACGACCUCUACCUGGAGACUGAUGUGCUGCUGUUGGCUGACGUUUUCGAAAACUUCAGAAGAACUGCUCACGCAACCUAUGGAUUGGAUCCCGCUAAUUACCUCACCUUACCGGGAUUUGCCUGGGAUUCGCUGCUGAAAAUGACGAAGGUGUCCCUUCAUCUCAUUUCCGACAUUGACAUGUUCAACUUCAUUGAGCAUGGCAAAAGAGGUGGCAUAAGCAUGGUGUCCGCUAGACAUGCCACCGCCAACAACAGAUAUCUAUCGGAGUACAAUCCAGACGAGCCGACAAGCUUCAUCCAAUAUUUAGAUGCGAACAAUCUAUAUGGAUGGGCCAUGUCUCAACCCUUGCCCGUGUCGGACUUCUGCUUUGAAGCAGUGACGGAUGAUCUUCUGGAGACGGUACUCGAUCAUCCAAUGGACUCUUCGACGGGAUACAUGGUGGAGUGCGAUUUAAGGAUUCCAGAUGGUGUGCAUGACAUGAUGAAUGACUAUCCGUUGGCUCCUGAGAAGAUGAAGGUGACACGAGAUAUGCUUUCUCCAUAUCAGACCCACAUGGCAGAGAAACUAAUGUUGAUGAACAAUGCUGUAUAUGGCAAGACCAUGGAAAACGUUCGAAACAGAGUAAACAUCAAGCUCAUUCGUGAACAGGAUGAAAAACCACGUCUCCAGAAAAGCAUCAACAAACCUUCGUACAUCCGCAGUGUAGCCUUUGAGAACGAUCUGAUAGCAAUCGAGUUUGCCAAGACAAAGGUGACUCUCAAUAAACCCAUUUAUGUGGGUACAGCCAUCCUCGAUCUGUCGAAGCACUUGAUGUAUUCCUUUUACUAUGAAGUUCUCCUACCCCGCUAUGGACAAAAUGUACGUUUGCUCUACACUGAUACUGAUAGUCUGAUCGUACAUAUUCAAACGGAUGAUCUGUACACCGAUAUGUCAAACAACAUAACAGCCUAUGACACAUCCAACUAUUCACCAUCCCACCACCUGUACAGCACGGUCAACAAGAAGGUGGUAGGGAAGUUCAAGGACGAACUAGGUGGCAAACCCAUCAAGGAGUUCAUUGGUUUGCGGAGCAAGAUGUACGCAUACCGCUGUGAAGACAACGACGACAAUGGCAAGCGUGCCAAAGGUGUGCAGAGAAGCGUGUUGAAAAACACCAUAACCGUCGAUGAUUAUCGAACAUGUCUCGUCGAGGAGUCUCAGCUGAAGAGAACAAUGAAUGUUCUUCGAAGUCGACGACAUUGCAUUCACGGAGAGGAGCUACACAAGAUUGCCCUCUGUGGAUUCGACAGUAAGCGUUACAUUCUGGAGGAUGGUAUCAACACCCUGGCAUUCGGACACAAGGAUAUUCCAAAGCACUGAGGGAUUUCCACACAUACUAGAGCAUAUGUCAUAUCUUCUCAUGAAAUACAUUGUAAAUACUAUGCGAUUCAUAAUAUUCACGUUAAUCCAAAGCAUGAGCUACAUUGUACAUAUGAAAUGCUAAUACUUUUUGAGAUCAUUCACAUCCUUCUUUGUUAACCAGGUAUGGAAUUUUUCGUCUUGAUAA